GUGACAGCUGUCAAGAGUACUGAAAAAGAGGGUGUUGAUCGAUAAUCAGAGAAAAGUGAAAAAUUAAUAAACUUAUCUUUAAUAGGCGUAUUGUGUUAAUUGAUUAUCUUAAAGAAAUUAGAAACUUCUUCUAUCAGAAAUGAUUGGUGGAUUAUUUGUAUAUAAUCACAAGGGGGAGGUGUUGAUUAGUCGUGUAUAUCGUGAUGAUAUUGGUCGUAAUGCAGUGGAUGCUUUUCGUGUCAACGUCAUCCAUGCAAGACAGCAAGUGCGUUCCCCGGUGACAAAUAUCGCACGGACCAGCUUCUUUCAUAUUAAGCGUGCUAAUAUCUGGCUGGCUGCAGUCACUAAGCAAAAUGUGAACGCAGCAAUGGUAUUUGAAUUCCUAUUAAAAAUAAUAGAAGUGAUGCAGUCAUACUUUGGUAAAAUUUCCGAAGAGAAUAUUAAGAACAACUUCGUUCUCAUAUAUGAACUGCUCGACGAGAUUCUCGAUUUUGGCUAUCCGCAGAACACGGACCCGGGCACGCUGAAGACGUUCAUCACGCAACAGGGUAUCAAAUCGGCUACAAAGGAGGAACAAAUGCAAAUCACCUCACAAGUAACCGGUCAAAUCGGUUGGCGACGUGAAGGAAUUAAAUACCGUCGCAAUGAACUUUUCCUCGACGUGUUGGAGUACGUGAAUCUGCUGAUGAGCCCUCAGGGGCAAGUGCUCUCUGCCCAUGUUGCUGGAAAAGUGGUUAUGAAGUCUUAUCUUUCGGGUAUGCCGGAAUGUAAAUUUGGUAUUAACGAUAAAAUAGUGAUGGAAUCCAAAGGACGUGGCAUUGGUGGUAACUCGGAGGCGGAAACUUCGCGUUCGGGUAAACCAGUUGUCGUCAUCGACGAUUGUCAGUUUCACCAAUGUGUUAAAUUGAGCAAAUUCGAAACCGAACACUCCAUUAGUUUUAUACCACCUGAUGGCGAAUUUGAGCUCAUGCGCUAUCGUACCACAAAAGAUAUUUCAUUGCCAUUCCGGGUCAUUCCACUUGUACGUGAAGUUGGCCGCACCAAAAUGGAAGUUAAAGUAGUACUGAAAUCGAAUUUCAAACCCUCACUGUUGGGUCAGAAAAUUGAAGUGAAAAUUCCCACACCAUUGAAUACUUCUGGUGUGCAGUUGAUUUGCUUAAAGGGCAAAGCCAAAUAUAAAGCCUCGGAUAAUGCAAUUGUUUGGAAAAUCAAGCGUAUGGCGGGCAUGAAGGAGACACAACUAUCAGCAGAAAUCGAAUUACUAGAAACAGAUACAAAGAAGAAAUGGACACGCCCACCCAUUUCUAUGAAUUUCGAAGUACCAUUCGCGCCAUCUGGCUUUAAAGUACGCUAUUUAAAGGUGUUCGAACCAAAGCUUAAUUACUCCGAUCACGAUGUGGUCAAAUGGGUGCGAUACAUUGGUCGCAGUGGUCUUUAUGAAACGCGCUGUUAAACAGUUCAUUGGUAAAGUCGCGUAGCAGAAUAAUGAAUUUUCCGAUUGGUAUUCUCAAUCAAAUUGUACACAUUAUAUUCCACACUAGUUCUAUAAUGUAUGUAUAUCCAUCAUUACCUACAUAUAUAUAUGCAUAUUAAUUAUAAUUUAAUCACAACUGCUAUAAACUAAAUUUGUAACGUUGCUUUUGGCACAACAUAUGUAUGUAUAUUCCUCAAUUUUAUACCUAUUAUAUUAUUAAAAUUAUUUUAUAUUUUUUCCAAUAAUAACGCUAACUUUUUAAGCGUUUCUUUAUAACGAACAAUUAUGUAAAUGCUGGACUGAAGAUUUUUAUUACUUUUGUUUAUUCAGAUCAAUACUAAUGAAAUCGUUUUCAAAAAACCCUGAACAGAACAUGCUCCAAAAAAAAAUACGGUUAACAGACAACAACAACAAGAAACAGUAAACCAACUUAAGAUCAUAGCAUUGUAAAAUUUGGUCUCAAUGUGGAGCAUUGGAAGUUUGUGCUGGCACGUCUACUCAAAAAUAUG